AUGGCCACCACGAGCAACGUGACUGAAAUCAUCUUGUUGGGGUUUACUCAGAACCGGGACUUGCAGAAGAUUAUCUCUGUGUUCUUUCUUUUCAUUUACAUGGCCAUUGUGCUGGGAAAUGGCUUAAUUGUGGUGACCAUCGUGGUCAGCAAAGGGCUCACCUCCCCAAUGUAUUUUUUCCUCGGCUACUUAUCAUUUGUGGAGAUCUGUUACUGCUCUGUCACUGCCCCCAAGCUCAUCCUUGACUCCUUUAUCGAGAGGAAUAUCAUUUCUGUCAACGGUUGCAUCGCACAGAUAUUUUUCCUCCAUUUUUUUGGUGGCAGCGAGAUCUUUCUUCUGACGGUGAUGGCCUAUGACCGCUAUGUGGCCAUCUGCAAACCUUUGCACUAUACUACUAUCAUGAACCGGCGGGUGUGCAGCCUCCUGGUGGGGGCGGCAUGGGGAGGGGGCUUGUUGCAUUCUGCUGGGCAAACCUUCCUCAUUUUCCAGCUGCCUUUCUGCGGCUCCAAGACCCUUGACCACUACUUCUGUGAUGUCCACCCUGUGCUGAAAAUGGCUUGCACUGACACCUUCCUCAUAAGUGUGCUCAUCAUUGCCAAUGGGGGCUCCAUCUCUAUCAUCAGCUUCGCGGUGCUCCUCGUGUCCUACGUGGUCAUCCUCCUCUCCCUAAGGAACCAGAGCUCUGAAGGCCGCCGCAAGGCCCUCUCUACCUGUGGCUCCCACAUCACCGUUGUGGGCCUCUUUUUCAUUCCCUGCUCCUUUGUCUACAUGAGGCCCUGUGUCACCUUCCCAGCUGACAAGAUAGUGGCUGUGGCUUACACGGUGGUCACACCUCUCUUAAACCCUGUCAUCUACUCCUUUAGGAAUGCAGAAGUGAAAAAUGCAAUGAGGAGACUGGUGGGGAAGAAGGUAAUUAGGGAAAAAAUGUAG